AUGUCCCAGGGGGAGAAUGAUGAUGACUGGCUGCAGAGCUUCUUCCCUGGAUGGAGAGAGGAGGACCAGCAUCAAGGAAAUCGCAAUAAUGGCGGCCCUGAUCAGACCCAUCACCAGAACCCGCAUCCCGCGUUCGCCGAUGCGGCGCAGAUGGCCCAGGCUGCCCACGCAGCCUACGUUCGAUUCCAGGAAUCCCGAUCACCUCAAGCGCGUGCUGCGCAGAUGAGUCAACCAGAACAGAACUCUGCGGCAUACUCCCAGGGAAUGGAUCAGACCUUGUUCCGUUCUCAAUUACAUAGACACUCCCAGCACGAGCAACCUCAGCAACAGCCCCAAACACAAGUGCAACAACAGUAUCAGCAACAAGCUCGGCAACAAGCUUUGCAUCUACCUCAGCCACAGCCUUAUAGACAAGCUCACGCUCAGCUUCUGGCUCAGCACCAAGCCCGGGAGCAAGCGGAGCAAAAAGCUCAAGAGCAAGCGGAAAUCCGGGCUCGAGAACAGGCACAGCGAGAUGCUCAGCGGCGGGCGGAGAUUCAGGCCCGGGAACAGGCGCAGAAAGAAUCCCGAGAACAAGCGCCGCAGCAAGCUCAACGACAGGCGGAGCUUCAGGCUCAGCAACAAGCUCAGAAGUUUGCACAGUGCCAAGCGCAGAAAAGAUUGCAUGAGCAAGCGCAACAAGCGCAACAAUACGCGCAGCAACGGUCUCUGCACCAGCCACCCCAGGACCAUCGUGACCAGCUACAGCAAUACUAUCGAGAGGCCCAACAGCACUAUCAAGCACAGGAUCAGGCCGAUUCCCGACCCCAGCAGGAUCGCCCGCACCAGCAGUACCAAUAUCGAGAAGCUUCAAACCAGCAUCAAUACGUGAGGCCGUCUGAUAUCAACCCGCCUGGGUCAUAUUAUCAGUCUAACACCAUCAAUCGGUCUUACACUCCUUUGGCGCCAGUGCGGUCUCCAGUGCCCACUCAAAGAUCGGCUUCGGGGCCAACCCUGGCUCAACCGUCCCCUACAACAUCGCAGAGCCCAGUCGAGGUCCACUCCCGCUUGUCUACUGGGGAGCCUCUGCACAAGACUUAUACAGCGCCAGAUAGUCAUUCUUCAGGCCAACAGAGUCCGUUGUUGGCGGCGCCGCCUACUGAGGCCCCUCCACAUGAUCCAAAUACACAGAGGAACAGUACACCGCAGACUACACAACAAAAAGUGUCCGAAACACGGCCUCAAACGCCCCCUCGAGCAUGUAGCCAGUCUCAGGCAUCAUCAAACCAGCCGGAAGCCUCAAGACGAGGCUCCUUCCUCGAGGAUGCAGCUCUUUUCAGCACCAAGUCACCCCAGAAGGAUCCAUAUACGUCGUCAUCUCGCAGUACUCUUGGGCCGCGAGCCAACACUUUAAAUGUGGCUGCAUCUACGGCUAACGCUUCGGCGCCAACAAAGCCACCAUCAGUCUCACAUUCACACCCUUCGCCUAAACAGAGAACUAGCGCCGCCCGCCCAGCUUCAGUAUCCGUUCCUCCCUCAUCAUCUGCAUCUGAGCCCAUGACUGGGCCUGCACAACUUCGUACAUCAGGCUCGCCUCCGAUGACCAACUCCACGGCUGCGGCUGCUGCUUCCGAUCGGGCUACUACUAAUAGGCCUCCUAUUGGAAGUUUUGCAACAUUUGCUAACAUCAAAAGCCCCGCUGUGCCACCCGUAUCCUAUGCGGUACCGCAGGCGCUCAGGACCUAUGCGACACCACAGAUACUCCAGGCGUAUGCCGCUUCUCAGGCACAAAAUGCACCUGCUUCUUCUCAACCAUCUGCUCAGACAGGCCGCAGCAUCUCCUCUAAACCGAUUGCAGCACCUUCCACAUCUACAAGUGGGCGUAAUUCACCAUUGUCUUCCCAAGUCAAAUCUAUAUCUGGACCUCGGCGAAAGAAAGGCAGGCCCCCCAUAUAUCCUGAUGUUGUGGGUCCGGACAAUCAAUCAGCAGGACCUGGAAGAGCUGGCGACAGAUGGAAGGUGUUUUCACAAACCAAUCCUUCUCCGAACGGGAUACCCAGUCAGUACCAGCCAGUGCUUUCUGGCUUUCCUGUUCUUCGGGAUCCUGCCUCUGCCUCUGCUCGGGCACCGGCUCCUCCGCCAUCUUGGAGACCUCCCGCGAAUUCUGCUUAUCCAGCAUCGGGUUCUACGCCGCCCUUGGCAAACAGAUAUGAGCCUGGUCCAAGCCAAUCCGCCACGGGCGCCGGGGCGAUCUCUCCAACCCUGCAACCUACCCAGGCUUAUCAACCUCAACCGGCUAUAAUUUACACGUCAGGUCCUGUGCAGCCCCGUCCAGCUUCUACGCAACCACCACCUGCUAAGAUGCGGAAGCUGGAUGAUAGCUCCAGACAGCCUGUGACACCGUCAUCAGGGACUUUGAACUUGGGUCAAUACCUCCGACAAUCCCCAAGUCGGAGGCAUAUCACAUACCGAUCUGACAUUAUCGAACGGAUGAACUCCUCGGACGUACUGAUCAAACUGGAAUAUGACCCAGCCACUAUUGCUCGGGAUAUCUUGAUUGUUGCAGAUAAGCACCCGACUGAGAAGAGCCUCAACCAUCAUCUGCAUAGUCUGCGCCAGAAUUUCCAGGCAGUAGACUAUUCUUCAGAUUUGGCCAGUUUUCGGUGGGACAUUGUGGAUCCUUGGGUCAACUAUCCGCCAUCAGUUGAACAAGCAGCAUCCAGGGUUAAUCAGAUGCCUGCAAGUUCGGUAUCGAGGCUUGAGACAGUUUCUUGCCCGCCCAGCUUUCCGCCCAACCUUCCGCCCAGCUUUUCGGGGCCUACGAGCCCUGGUCAGAGUAUGCCCCACGGGUAUGCACGUGAUGUCCCCACAGCCCCGCUUGCGCGUCCCGCAGAAAGUCGUCCAGCCUACAAAACCAACACGGGCAUCACCACCAUUACAGGCACAGCCAAUUCAAGCCUAACUGGUUCAAACCUAAACAAUUCAGACUUCACUGGUACUGGCCUACGCACUAUCCCCUCAGGCUCUUUCAGUUCAGGCAAGUCCGGUGUAGGUGUGACUAGCACAGGUGUGACAAAGACCAACAUUGGCCCGAGCUAUCCUGCCUCUUCCCCUGCACUGGCAUCCACGACCACAUCUACAUCGACAACUAGCUCUCCGCCUAAAUCUACCCCAAAGCCGGCACCUACACCGCCUUCGGCAGUGGACUUGAAGGCGUUCGGAGCUUUGCCUUCCAAACCUCCCUCUUAUGACUCUCCUCUUCGCCCCACUGCACAACCUGUUCCAUACCCUCUUCCCUCUCUUCCUCCAGCCUCAUCUCCUCCGAGGGUGUAUCCUUCAGUUCCAUCAUCCUCAAUUGAGUCUCACCCUCCAGUCUCAACUCCCGUCUCAGCCACAGUUCCAGCUCCGGCACCUAAGUCUUCACCUAAAAAAUCAGUGAAGUCAACACCGGUGCCACCGUCCUCAUCCUCAUCUGCUGCUUCUCGUCCUCUGUCCAAGACACCUCAAGGUUCAUCACAGUCUCCUCGGGGCAAGGCUCCCCGACAAUCACCUCUACCCAAAGGGCUACCAGAGCCCCAGGUCGUCAUUCCUAUUUCUCCACAAACGAUGGCGCCCCCGAAGAAAAAGCCCGGUCGCCCACCUCAGAAAGACAUCCAGGUUGAGGUGGCCAUUGACAAUCGGCCUACCACUCAGUAUCCAAUCUUCAAGUGCAAGUGGACCGGGUGCCAGGCAGAGCUCCAUAACCUGGAAGCUAUCCAUACUCACAUUCUGGCGGUCCACAUUCCCCACCACAUCGUCUGUGCCUGGGAUGUCUGCUCCGAUAAGAACCUUCGCGCUGCUGCUGAUAUGUGGGAGCACGUCCGAGAAAAGCACAUGAUCCCCCUGGCCUGGCAAUUCGGGGAUGGCCCUUCGGCCUCGGCAACCGCGGCAGAUAGCUAUGAACAACCUGAGCUGUCCGGCCAAGGACGCCAGGACACGAUGACUCUCCCAGCGGAUCGCGAUUCCGUCAAGAUCUUCAGCCGCAUCCAUGGCACGCAGACGAGCAAGCAGAAGGCCGAGCUGAUGGAGGAGGGUGGACGUCGGUGGAAGGAAGAUGCUGGACCCGACACGGACACCAGCGAUCGACCACUUUCCACCCCACUCCGAUUGAUGGCCAGUAGCCACACCGAAACGGCUUACACCAUGUCUGAAGUGAGGGUGGUGAUUAGAGGGGCCUCAAUGGAAUGA